ACACGGAAAGUACACUAGGGUUGCUCUCAUUCAAUUGCUAUCCUCCCUCUCCCUCUCCCCUGAAAGUAGAUAACAGCAAAUAACAACAAUUUCGUAUAACAUAAUUUAAAGCUAAACUACCAUCCAAACAAUACCUUCAAAUUAAUUUCAUUUUCAUAUCCGCCGUUCCACCGCCGCCUCCGAGCAAUCGCGAGUUCACCGGGUAAAGCGCCGACAAAAGAGACGGUAGAGUGGAACCACACGAGAAAUACUUAUUUUGCUCCCUGAUUUUUCUCCUCCGACCGCUGUGGAUGGGCCAAUCAGCUUCCACCACUACUGCAGUUCAAAAUCACAUCCAUCAUUCAAGGUCAAAAUCUAGAUCUACCGGCGUUAUCUCGCCGAUGAAGGAAAGUGAGGAUUCUGAUGAUGUUAUCGACGUCUUCGAGGUUGGAGAGUUUGAUUAUUCAUCUAAUAUUCCGGAUGAGUGCGUGGCUUCUAUCUUCCAGUCUCUUAGCUCCGGUGACCGUAAACGCUGCUCCCUCGUCUGCCACCGUUGGUUCAGAAUCGAAGGUCAAAGCCGUCACCGUUUAUCGCUUAACGCGCAAUCGGACCUUGCUUCUGUGAUUCCGUCCAUUUUCUCUAGGUUUGAUUCGGUUACGAAGCUCGCUUUGAAAUGCGACCGUAGAUCUACGAGUAUUGGAGACGAUGUAUUGGUCCUCAUCUCCCAGCGGUGCCGUAACCUCACACGUUUGAAGCUUCGAACAUGCCGGGAGAUUACUGACGCCGGAAUUGAAGCUUUUGCGAAGAAUUGCAAGGGUUUGAAAAAGCUUUCUUGUGGAUCGUGUUCCUUCGGUGCCAAAGGCAUGAAUGCCGUGUUGGAUAACUGCUCCUCCCUUGAAGAAUUAUCAGUGAAACGGCUCCGUGGCAUUACAGAUGGCGCAGCGGCAGAGCCAAUCGGUCCUGGUGUUGCCGCAGCGUCUCUCAGAGUUUUAUGCUUGAAGGAGCUCUAUAAUGGACAGUGCUUUGGACCGUUGAUUAUAGGAUCGAAGAAUUUGCAGACGUUGAAGCUCUUCCGAUGCUCUGGAGAUUGGGAUAGGCUUCUGGAAGUGAUAGCUGAUCAGGUAAGUGAAGUGGUUGAAGUUCAUCUUGAGAGGCUUCAGGUUAGUGACAUUGGACUUGCUGCUCUCUCUAAAUGUUCGAAUCUCGAAAUUUUGCACCUUGUUAAAACGCCAGAAUGCACUAAUUUCGGCUUAGUGGCUGUUGCUGAACAUUGUACGCUUCUCCGGAAGCUCCAUAUUGAUGGAUGGAAGACUAACCGGAUAAGUGAUGAAGGGUUAAUUUCUGUUGCUAAACAUUGUCCCAAUUUGCAAGAAUUGGUUUUGAUUGGUGUGAAUCCAACACGUGCUAGUUUGGAGAAAUUGGCUGCAAAUUGUCUCAACUUAGAGAGAUUAGCUCUAUGUGGGAGUGAGACUGUUGGGGAUCCUGAGCUUUGGUGCAUAGCCGCAAAGUGUACUGCAUUGAGAAAGCUAUGUAUAAAAAGUUGCCCUGUAUCCGACCAAGGUAUGGAAGCGCUGGCUAGCGGAUGUCCAAAUUUGGUAAAAGUGAAGGUUAAGAAGUGUAGAUUGGUGACUUCUGAGGCCGCAGAUUGGUUGAGGACCACUCGAGGUUCUCUUGCUGUGAACUUGGAUGCAAAUGAACCUGAAAUUCCUGAUGCAAGCGCCAGUGAUUGUGUUGCGAAUGAGGUUGUCCAGGAAAAUAGGCAGAUGGCUAGCCAAGUAGGCGGCAGUGCUAAUAUUGCAUUAAGC